UGUGUAGCUUGAUAAAGAGUUCUGAAUGCUUUCAGACGCUGCUUAUUUGCCGCUAUAAAGACAAUUUUUGUAUAUUAUAUGGACUUCUGCCCUAUGUGCUCUACUUGGAAUGGGGGAAGGGCCCCCAUUACAGAAUCCUAGGCAAAAAAAGUGAGUGACGCCUGUAAAUCGUACUGAGACAAGAACCACAACUCCCAGAAUACCCUUCAGGAAUAAUCCCACCCCUGAGCUCAUUUCCUGCGACAGACGGGAGUCAGGCAGUAGGUAGUGGGUUGGACUCAUGCAGCACCUGUUGAACCCAAUAAUACUAAACAUGAUGAAUAAAGACAAGAAGCAAAUGACAGAGAAGAUAUUGAAUCAUGCUCUGGGUAUUAUAUUCUUGCUUACUGGAGAGGAAUACAUUAUUGUGAAGAAGAAUUAUCCCCACAGUCACGUUCAGCUGCUAACUGGAGAGGUUCCAAUAAAAUGUGGGGAUGUUGCAGUUUAUUUCUCCAUGGAGGAAUGGGAAUACAUAGAAGGACACAAGAAGCUUUUCAAGGGUGUUGAAACAGAGGAGAAAAAGACUGUGGAGGUUCCAGCACAACAAAGCUCUGGCCUUUGUGAUGAAAAUCAAAACAUUGUGGCAAAUAGUCAUGUGGAAGAACUUGGAAAUCCAGUUCAGCAGGGGCCUAUUGCUUCAGACACUGGCCCAGCAUAUAUCCAGAAAAAGGCUCCAGACAAUGUGCUUAUUGCCAAGGAGGAGAAAGAAGAGACUAAUAUAAACAGAAUUCAACCUGGAGAAGUCCAUUCGGUCUUUGAUAACGGGGAUCUGCAUAAUGGAGUCUGCACGUCAGAUGAAACAAGGCACUUAAAAAAGAAUUUAUUAGGAGUUUCCCACAAUACAGUUUGCACUUCAGGUGAAAUAAUGUAUAUGAAAAGGAAUAUAUUAGGGGAUUCCCACAAUGCAGCCUGCACAUCAGAUGAAAGGAUGUAUAUGAAAAGGAAUACAGUUGGGGAUUCCUACAGUUUAAUGAACACAUCAGAGGAAAUGAUGUGCGUCAAAAGCAAAAUAUUAGACCCCCACAGUGCACUCGGCACUUCAGAGGAAGUGAUGCGAAUGAAGAAGAAUAUAUUGGGAGGCUAUGUUAAUCCAGUUUGCAAAUCAGAGGUAGGGAUGCAUACAAAAAGGGAUAUUCUAUUAAAUUCCCACAAUGCAAUCCACCCAUCCGAUAAAAUGAUGUUUGGUAAUAGCCGCUUUUGCACAGAGUUUCAUGGCAGACACUAUGGAGUUCCACGCAAUGAACCAAAGCCAUUUGGAAGAGUCAUCCUUACACCAUUUUCAAUACCCUGUGCACGUGGCUACAAAACGCAGGAUCUGCGCGACCGCUUUGUCACCGGGAGCAACGGUGGCGUAUCCUAUAUUGAGUCCAUAAGGAAUGAUCACCAAGCAAAACUUAAGGAUGAAAAACCUUUUAAACUCGAGGUAAGGAAACAAUUGUCCUCCAAAUGCCCAGCUUCUGAGGAAAAGCCCCACAAAUGUAACGUUUGUGGAAAGCAGUUCCCCACACUUUCAAAGGCUUCUUCCCAUUCGAGAAUUCACAACAAGCCAUUUGUGUGCCCUGAAUGCGGCAAAGGCUUUCCUUUUAGGUCCAAUUUGAAUAAACAUCUCAGGACUCACACAAAGGUGACCCAACAUGCCUGCCCUGAAUGCGGCAAAUACUUUGACAAAAGAACAUUGCUGGAGAAACACUUCAGAACCCACACGCAAGAGAAGCCAUAUGUGUGCCCGGAAUGCGGCAAAUGCUUUUCUCAGAGAUCGUGCAUGGAAACUCACUACCGAAUUCAUACAAAAGAGAAACCGUAUUCUUGCCGGGAAUGCGGCAAAUGUUUUGCUCAGAGGGGACAUCGCAACAUGCACCAAAGAAUUCACACGGGAGAGAAACCAUUUCCUUGCCCUGAGUGUGGGAAAUGCUUUACUCAAAGGAUACACCUGGAUGUCCACUACAGGGUCCACUCAGGAGAGAAACCAUACCCCUGCCCUGAAUGCGGAAAAUCCUUCACAACAAGGGCUAAUAUGGAUGCACAUCUGAAAACCCAUUGUGUUUUUGAUCCAUCUGACCCCUAAAAGUAGGGGUAGUUUCUCAAGUUUUCGUUUUGUUAGCCAGCAGAUAGCACAUGCUGGAAAGGUGUAUAUUUUGGGGUAUAUUUAUCAAAAUUAGUUGUGUUUAUUCAUCUUGCAUAAUAUGACAUAACCUUCAACCUUAAAUAAACAAAUCUCAAAUUUCUGUGAGAUUUAAGAAAUAUCUCGAAUGGGUUAAACUCAAUAGAGUUAAUUAUAUUUGAACGUUUGUAGUACUUUUCUAUAAUCCCAGCAUUCCUCGUUGCCCCCAAUCAAGUGUUAUCUCAACAAAAAUCCUUGAACAUUUACGUUAAACAUUUACAAAAAAAACCCUAAAUAUCCUAAUGUUAAAGUAUACAAUUUCCCAUGGUUUCCGUUGUAUCUUGGUGGAUCCGAGAGAUGAAACAUCAUCAUAUCAUAAAUCUGAAAAAUUGAAGAGUACAGCAUUGACGAGUCGCACUUAUUAAACAUUAAUCUCCGGCCUCAAACUUUGAUAAAUGUGCCCCCGUUACAAAUUCAACAAAUAUUUAUUCCCUAUAUACAGUUUUACACAAAUUUAUUUCUCACACCUGUAUUUUUGUUUAGUUGUUUCGUUUAUUUUGUGCUAAAAUGUAAUUUUCCUUAAAAAAAAAAUACUGAAUAAAAUAUUAACACUCUAA